UCGUCCACUUCCACACUAUCCAAGAGUCGAUUUGAUCUCAAAAUUCCAGUCUGAAUCACCAUGGAUCCGAUCGCAAUUGUCGGCAUGGGAUGCCGCCUUCCUGGAGGGGUGAAGUCACCUGGCGACCUAUGGGAACUGAUCAUGAAAAGGGAGAUCGCGAACACCUCCCGAGUUCCGCCUUCUCGAUUUGACAUUGAUGCGUAUCAUCAUCUAGACAACGAUCGACCAGGCAGCUUCAGCACUCCUGGAGGCUAUUUUCUCGAUGAUCAUCCGGAAGACUUUGAUCCCACCUUCUUCAAGAUCUCUCCUAUAGAGGCUAUGUGGAUGGACCCGCAGCAACGCAAGCUUCUAGAAGUUGUUUACGAGGCCCUUGAGGACAGCGGCUCUACGCUUGAGCAGGUCUCAAGUCAGGUCACUGGGUGCUUCGUCGCUUCGUUCACUAGCGACUUCCAGCAAAUGACGUUAAAAGAACAUGACUUCAGGCACUCCUACGGGACGACAGGGAUAGAUCCCGGUUUGCUUGGGAAUCGUGUCAGUCACAUUUUCGAUCUCAGAGGACCAAGCGUCCUUGUGAACACGGCUUGCUCUUCUUCCAUGUACGCCCUGGAUAGCGCAUGCCUGGCAAUCACUAGGGGCGAAUGUGAGGGCGCGGUCGUCGGUGGCGCGAACUGGAUCUUGACCGUAGACCAGCAUAUGAAUACCGCGAAGCUCGGAGUUCUGUCUCCAACAUCCACAUGCCAUUCCUUUGAUGAGUCUGCGGACGGAUACGGUCGUGCUGAGGCCGUUGGAGCCUUGUACAUCAAGCGCUUGAGCGCGGCACUGCGAGACGGGAAUCCAAUCCGAGCGGUCAUCCGAUCCACUGCCACUAACGCAAAUGGACGACAUUCCGAUAAUGGCAUCACCUACCCAAGCAUGCAAGGGCAAGCGAGCGUCAUUACGACCGCCCACAAGCUGGGCAAUCUUGACCCGUUAUCAACCGCGUAUGUUGAAUGCCAUGGGACCGGCACGCCAACUGGAGAUCCGAUCGAAGUUCGCGCAAUCUCCAUGGCCCUCCGAAACCGGUCCGAGCGGCAAGAGCCCAUCCUUAUUGGAAGCAUCAAGCCGAACAUUGGUCACAGUGAAGCGGCCAGCAGUAUCUGCACGGUUAUGAAGGCAGUACUGGCAUUGGAGAAGGGAAUCAUACCUCCGACGGCUGGGGUGAAGAGGCUGAAUACGACCAUUCCAUGGGAAACUCUCAACGUCAGAGUGGUCACCGAGCCUACUCCUUUCCCCCCAUUUCUCCCAGUCCAGAGAAUCGGCGUUAGUGCCUUCGGCUACGGUGGUACAAACGGGCACGCAAUAAUCGAGAGCGCGGCGUCGUUCCUCUCUGAAUAUUGCGGCUAUCGGCGACUGAGGGAGCUUGGCUGCGCAUCUCAGAACGGUUUCCACAAUGGAGUUGCAGAUCAUUCGCAUCUCCUUCUGUUUUCGGCCCACAACAAGACUACAUUGAUGAAGAACGUCGAGGCGCUUCGCGAAGCAUGCCAUAACGAACGUCUUCUAGACCUAGCUCAUACUCUGGCGGCUCGUCGCUCUGAACAUGAUUGCCGUACCUUUGCCGUUUGUCGGGAGUCUAGCUGUGACUUGGGAUUUGAUAUGGCUUCUGAGAACAUCAGUAUCUCGACGUGUGCGGCCAGAGUAGCUUUCGCAUUCACCGGCCAAGGUGCACAGUGGGCAGGCAUGGGCUCCCAUCUUCUGCAGAUGUAUCCUAGCUUCCUCGCCAUUAUUAAGAGUCUUGACGGGGUUCUUGCUCGCCUGGUAGAGCCUCCUGGCUGGAGCAUAGAGAGCGCUCUCACGCAAUCUGAGUAUGCCAGUCGUAUUCAUGAACCAGCCUUCGCUCAGCCGCUAUGUACCGCCAUCCAGGUUGGACUCGUCGAACUACUCAGAAGCUGGAACAUAAGCGCCGUGACCACUAUUGGACACUCCUCAGGGGAGAUCGCAGCUGCGUACGCCGCGGGGCUUAUAUCCGCUCAAGAUGCCAUCACAAUUGCAUAUCUUCGAGGGAGAGUCGUCUCAUCCCCAGGAAAGCAAGGCGCUAUGCUUGCAGUCGGCCUGGGAUCUGAGCAGGUCAAGGAGUAUUUGGCGGCGCAAGAAGGGCGCCUCGUUAUAGCUUGCCACAACUCUCCGGACAGCGUCACUAUCAGUGGUGAGGCGGAAGCGAUCCACGAACUGAAGUCGACUCUCGAUGCCAACAGCAUCUUUGCUCGAAGCGUUCGAACUGGUGGGCAAGCAUACCACUCUCACCAUAUGACCGAUAUCGCUUGCAAAUACCUCGAGCUCCUCCGUCUCGAAUCAAAGACUUCGGAACCGUUUGCACACAUUAGGGAGCACAUCCCGAUGUUUUCGACCGUCACCGGCAGUUCAAUCGAGAGCAAAUCGAUGAACGCAACGUACUGGUGCAAGAACAUGACAAACCCGGUUCUAUUCAACCAAGCAAUGCAAAGCAUGCUAUCAAGCGACCUGGGCAUUGACACCGUGGUCGAAAUCGGCCCGCAUUCGACCUUCUCUGGCCCUUUGCGGCAAAUCUGCGCGAAAUCAAAUCGGUCCUCUGUUAUCUAUCUCCCUAGUCUCAAGCGCAAUGAGAACGACCAUGCUCAGCUUUUGAGGCUGGCGGGGCAGCUUUGGGCCCGCAAAGCACCGGUCGAUACUGACGCGGUGACCUGCGUCGAGCAGGGCAACGUGGAUGGCUCCGUCGUGCGGAAAAGCGGGAAGUUGUUGGUGGAUCUUCCUCCUUAUCAAUGGACAUACACCAAGAGGCUUUGGGCUGAGUCUCGCUAUAGCCGCGAGCAUCGCCAGUCACCGUACCCUCGCCAUGACAUCCUCGGACGCAAGGUGUUGGGGACGUCUACAAUCGAGCCUGUGUGGCGGAACGUUUUGCGGCACAAGGACCUUCCUUGGCUGAAGCAUCAUUCGCUGGGUGGUGAAGCUGUGUUCCCAGCCGCUGGCUACUUUGCCAUGGCCAUCGAGGCUGUGACGCAAGCCAAUUCAUUCCUUCAGAAGCCGCAUUUAAUCAAGGGAUAUACCUUGAAAGAUGUGACUAUCCCAUCGGCCAUCGUAGUCCCUGAUGAUGAUAACGGAGUCGAGACUCUAUUCUCCUUACGGCCCUGCUCACAAUACAGAGCCAGCAGUCCUGGGCUGUGGCACCUCUUUACCGUGUCUUCGCUCAGUCAUGGGGAAUGGAAGGAGCACGCAACUGGCAAGGUCAGUCUUAACAUACGCAGCAGAGGGCGCAAACCAAAACCCCUCCCAUCCCUCCCCGUCAGAUCAACAUACACCUCUUGGAACAACAAACUCCGCACCCUAGGCUUCGACUUCGGCCCCACCUUUCGCAACUCCACCACCAUCCACACCAACAACAAAUUGCACGUCGCCACGGCGGACACGCUCAUCAAGCAAGAAUGCGGCCUCAUGGUAAACGAAUCACGGUACGUGAUGCACCCCGCGAACAUCGACUCCUGCCUCCAGACAUCCCUCGUAGCGAUCCACAAAGGGAACAUGGACGACGUCCUCUGCGCCAACGUCCUUACACACUUCACCGAGGUGUCUAUAUGGGCGCCGCAUCCGGCGCAAUUAAAUAACGGCAACGCGAGUGCCACCUCGUGGAUGUCGCACCGCGGAAACCGGAGCUUCGUGUGCCAUACCGAGCUCGUGGGACCAGAUGGCGAGCUUCUUGCUGAUUUCUCGGGCUACCGGUGUGUCCCCUACGAGGCUGGUCGACUCCCGGAUGCGGAGGUCUCGCGGAAAGACUUGUAUUCGAAGCUGCACUGGGAGCUGGAUUUGUAUCACCUGGCGGACUCCUUCUCUGCUUCUGGCAUGGGUGAGAUGACGCUGGACCGCCUCUUCGGCAUCUUCUUGCACAAGAAUGCGAGUCUUCGUGCCCUUUUCUUCGGUGCAGAGAUGCUGGGGCAUCUGCCUAAAAGGCACUUCGAGGCAAGUAUCACGGUCGCAGUUGGCACGGAAGAGGAGGUAGACCGCCUGCGAGCCGAGUAUGCCACGGACAAAGGGGUUAGUGUUGUUCGAGUAGGCGCUCCGUGGAGUCUCAUGAAGGAGAGCCACGGACUCGAUGCGUUCGACUUGGUAGUCCUUCCAAAGGCUGCCGAUCUCGUCGAAUUGUCCUCAGUCAUACAGCCAAUCCUCAAGCCUCAAGGCCACUUAGUGGCCUUGGAAGAUCCUAGUCGUGUGCUAGAGCGUCCGGUGGAGCUACGCCAUGCCUUCUCAUUGCGUGUUCAAGAUUAUUACGCCACCGUAUGGAGGCAUUCGGAAGGGGGAGUGGAAGACGGCCACUUAGAACCAUCCACGCAUCACCAUGAUUUAGUUCCGAAUACCAGAUCAGCCCUACUGGUGUAUCGCAAAGGUCCUCAUUCUUUCCAAGUUGAACUUGCCUCUAUCCUCGCAGACGCCGGCUUUGCCGUUCGAACUAGCUCCCUAGCCGACGCUAUCCCCAGACAGCAAGAGCCAAUCAUUGUCCUCGCCGAACUGGAAAGCCCUGUCUUCGCCACCCUGACAUCAGAAGAGCUACAUGCUGUCCAAAGGCUGACGGAAGGUAUCUCUUCUAUCGCGUGGGUCACACCCGGCGGGCUGCUGAAGGCCUUACGCCCCGAGUACGCCAUGGCUGGCGGAUGGGGACGUGUCGUUCGGAAUGAGAAUCAGCUUCUAGACUUGGUGCUCGUCGAUGUCGAUGAUGCGCCGAGCUCGAAGGAACGUCUUGCGAAAGUCCUCCUAGGUGUCGUGAAUGAAUGGGCAGCUAGGGGCGAGUCUUGUAGCGAGAACGAAUACUGCAUCAGUGAUGGUGCGGUGUACGUUGGACGACUCGUCCCGGAUGACGGUAUAAAUGAGAGAUUUGCCACUAGGCAUCAGGAACCCGAGCGUGUUGCGGUCAAAGACGCACCAGCGCUGAAAGGCGAAUCCAGGUCGGCAAAGCUCACGUUCCGUCGCGACGACCGCAUCGAAGCUCCACUACACGCUGAAGAAGUGGAGAUUAAAGUCCGGAGUCUGGGCCUGAACAAGGAGGAUGCGGAUAUUGCGGCCAACUCAGACUACUUCUCGCCCUUCUUCAACCACGAGAUUGCCGGAACGGUUACUCGCGUAGGGUCUUCUGUGCCUCCAUCCAUCGCGGUCGGCGACAGUGUGUUCGGGCUCUCCUUCGACACGUUGGCUACGGUACAGAAGACUAGGUACGACCUCGUCCAACGGAUGGCUAAGCCUGAGGCGUGGGAGGUUAUGUCGACUCUUCCAACGGCUUCUACCACUGCACUGUAUGCGCUCGAAGACUUGGCGCGAGUCGCAAGCGGAGACAACGUCGUCAUACUCGACGACUGCGGUGCUGUGGGACUUGUUGCAGUCCAGAUCUGCGCAGCGAAAGGGGCCACCGCUAUUGUCGUCACCGAGUCUGAGCGUACUGAAGAUCUGCUGCGAUCUUCUAACCUGACGCUCGCGGGCAUCGUACGGCCAACUCAAGGAGAUCUUGCCACGACUUUAGAGCGCUUGACAAACGAUGCCGGAAUAGAUGUUGUCCUUUGCUCCGCCAUCAUGGAUUCAUGGAGACUGGAGGAAUGCAUUAGGGUCAUGGCGGCGUUUGGACGCAUCAUCUUUUGCGGAACCCCAAGCCAGGCCUUCCCCGCCUUAGCCGCACGAAAUGCUUCAUUUCUGAGCUUCAGCAUUCCGGAUUUGUACCGAUACAAACCUUGUAUCGUCAAGAGGCUACUGCAAAGAUCCGCGGAGCUCUAUCGCAAAGGAACCAUCAACCCAGUGUGGCCAGUUAUUCCCAAGCGCCCAACGGAGUCGACGGAAGCGAUACGGUCGAUCUCACCCGAGAUGGGCCAUGGCAGAGUCGCUCUCUCGCUCUCGCCUGACUCCUUAAUCGAGUACCAGGAGCAACGCAAAGGACUUCGCUUCUCAGACCAAGCAACAUAUCUCCUGGUAGGGUGCCUGGGAGGACUAGGUCGGAGCAUGUCAUCUUGGAUGAUUGAGCGAGGGGCGAAACACCUUGCCUUCUUAUCUCGUAGCGGUGCCGAUAGUCCACUCGCUGCGGAGCUGGUGACCUCUCUUCGGCGGUCUGGAGCUCAUAUUCAAGUGCUUCGAGCGGAUGUUACUUCGAAAGUUGAAGUGGAGGCAGCUUUCGCUACUAUCGAUCCGCGUUUCCCAAUUCGUGGUGUUGUGAAUGCGGCGGUCGUCCUGAGGGACACUUUCUUUCAUAAUAUGCAGGCCACAUCUUGGCACCAGGUUCUUGCCCCGAAAGUCAAAGGAUCGUUGGUUCUGCACGAAACGUUAUCAAGGGUCGGAGGACUGGACUUCUUCGUCAUGACCAGUUCGAUCGCUGCCACGCUCGGAGCGGGAGGUCAAAGCAACUAUGCCGCAGCGAACUCGUUCUUGGAUGCUUUGGCACAUCAUCGUCGAGCCCUGGGGCUUCCCGGAGUAUCGCUCAUUCUUCCCGCUGUGCUAGAUGUAGGCUACGUUUCAGAAAACCCGGAGAUCGAAGCUUCCAUUCGAAGGAGGGGCAUGUCCUGUAUCAGCGAAGAGGACAUGCUCCGCGCAUUCGAAGUCGCCAUGACACCUUUGAAUGAGCUUCCGUGUGAGAUCGAUCACAUUAUCGCAGGUUUGCAGCCAAUGCAGCUUGCGGCAUCCGUCAAAGCUGCUAAGGCUGAUCUCACAUGGAUGAUGAACCCUCGACUGCGAACUCUGCUUGCUGCGAUGAGUGAAUAUUCCUCCCCCAAAGAUACUGCGACGGACACGAGUAUGCUAGUGCUUAUUGAGAGUGCCUCGGACGACGCGGACACCGUGAAGCGCAUGGAGAAGUAUAUCGUCGAACGUCUAUCGCGGCUGCUGAUGAUAAACGUUGAGGAUAUUGAAGGAAGCACGAGCUCACUAGCUAACUUCGGGUUGGACAGCAUGAUUGGUGCCGAGUUCCGCAACUGGAUCUUCCGCGAGUUCAAGAUCGAUAUGCCGUUCCAGCAGCUUCUGGCUAGCAACUUGACGAUCCAAAAGCUCGCUGUUGACUUGUUUGACCAGAUAUCAGAACGCAGGCAACCAAGUCUUAGGUAGUGGAGAUGGAUGCUCUGUAGACUUCAAUGGAC